GUCACUCGACCAUUGGGUUGAGCUCGUGACGUGCGCGCAGGGGAGCUACGAUUCGUUCAGAGUGCGAGGGCGCCAAGUUUCGAGUCAUUCACGCUCACGAAACGGAGAAAAAGCCCACGUCACAUCUGAAGAGUCUAUGGAUUUUGUUCGAGAUCAAUACGCCAGGGUGGAGACGAUGCCGCUGGACAAAUGCUGAUGAAAGUUUGAGAGAAAACGAACGUUUCCUAUAUUGAAUGACCUGCUACGUAGAAUUUCCUUAACGCCAUCAAUCAGCAAGCCGACAGAAAAUGACUCACGGCGCGCCGGCCAAAAAGACACCGACGAACGACGACGAAGAAGUCGUUCCACCCCCAGACGGCGGUUGGGGCUGGGCUGUCGUGUUCGGUUCCUUUAUGAUUCACAUUAUCGCGGACGGAUUCACGUACACAUUGGGCAUUUUCAUCGUUGAAUUGAUGUGGUAUUUCGAUGAAGGUUCCGAACGCACCAGCUGGAUUGCUUCAAUUAUGGUCGGCGUCACGUUAGGAUCAGGACCUAUCGUCAGCUCGCUUGUGAACAAGUAUGGCUGUAGAACCAUCACAAUCGUUGGGGCCUUAAUUGCUGCCUUCGGAUUAGGCAUCAGUACGUUGGCUAAUGGUGUAACCACCCUCUACGUUACUAUUGGAUUACUUGCUGGUUUCGGUUUUGGACUCAUUUAUCUACCGGCCAUCGUCAGUGUGACGUGUUACUUUGAGAAAAAACGAUCGUUCGCUACGGGCAUUGCCGUCUGUGGAUCAGGAAUAGGCACUUUUAUUUUUGCUCCCCUGACCGAAGCCCUUAUCAAAACUUACGGGUGGAGGGGAGCUCUGCUCAUCAUCACUGCCAUCACCCUCAAUUGCAUCAUCUUCGGAGCUUUAUUCCGGCCCUUGGAGACGACCAGACCUCGGAGAAAGAGGACCACAUCAGAGAUGGCUGUCGAAAUGAUCGAGAAGGAAAAACUGAUGGCCAUUAACGAAGAAAGUGACAAUUCCCCGACAGAUUCGGCCCGGCGGAGUGUUGACGACAUUGUGGCCAACGGCGGGACGCGUCAGAUCGUUCAAGAUAAACCGACCAGCAACACACUAACGGUCAGCACAGCUGUUGGAGAUGCAUCACUGGCUCGUAUGGCACGUAGCCAGCCCCAUCUUCUUCAAGUUCCAGGCGACGUGGCUGGAGAAGACAGCCGCAAAUUUGGUAGCUACGGUAAUUUGCCGAGUAAUCGAGACGCUGAAAUGGGCAUGACCGUGUCGAGCCGUAAAGGUUCCACUGCCGAAACGCGUUCCCAUCACGGAGGGUCCGGUGUCAUGUAUCGCAAGGAUGCCCUGUACAGUGGCUCCAUGUUGAACAUACCCGAAUAUCGAGCUGACCCCAAGGGCUUCUCUGGCUCCGUGAUGCGCAUCCCGGAUGACGCCGGCUCUGGAACAACGAACGAAAACGAGAAGGUCAAAGUCUGCGGUUUGAUUCCCUGCAGCAAAGAGUCCUACGAUGCUUACAAGGAAAUGAUGGACUUUGGUCUACUGAAGGACCCCGUUUUCAUUCUGUUCACCAUAUCCAAUUUCUGCACGAGUAUUGGAUUCAACGUACCUUACGUCUACAUCAAAGAUAAAGCCCUCGAACUGGGAAUCCCAUCGGGCGACGCCAGUUUUCUGCUGUCCGUCGUAGGAAUUGCCAACACCAUUGGACGUGUCAUUCUCGGUUACAUCUCCGAUAAACCGUGGCUCAAUCGACUUUGGCUUUACAAUGGGGCCCUUACAGUCUGUGGCUUAGCUACCGCCUUCAGCGCAUUUUGUGAUGAUUACGUUUCGUUGAUCGUUUAUUGCGCGUCAUUCGGAUUUACAAUUGGUGCCUAUGUCGGCCUAACGUCCGUCAUCCUGGUCGAUUUACUCGGUCUAGAAAAAUUGACAAACGCCUUUGGAUUGCUGUUGCUAUUUCAGGGGAUUGCCUCUCUGGUCGGACCACCCAUUGCAGGCCGUUUGAAGGACAAUCUCGGCUCGUACGACGCCGGCUUCUACUUGGCGGGCUCGAUGAUUGCAAUCAGUGGCUUGAUGCUCUUCUUCAUUCCAUGUCUACAGCGUUGGACAAAGUCGAAAACAAAAGUUUCCGACGUGAGCACGAAAAUGGCGCCCAUUCAUUAGGCAAAAUAUUAUUUUUUUUAAAUUUUUAUUUUAAAAGUGGGUAAAUACUUGCAGCCAAAAAUCUAUACGCAUUAGAGACAGUAGACGAUGGAAAACACUUAACGAAAAGAAAAUCUAAUUCAACAAUAAUUGACUCCAGGGUAGACGUCAUUUUAAAUCGAUAUACAUCAACACAUAUAUACAGCUAUAUUUUUGGGUCUCAUCCCCCUCCACCUGCAUUCAGUGCACACCCACUUCCUCAUGUUUAGAUUACCCGAGUUUAGAAAGCCAUUUUUUUUUUUGAAUUGUUUGAUUGAAAUUGAUACCAGAUGAAAAUCCAUAUCAUCCCAGUGUGGUCCAAACAUUAGUUUUUUUUUUUAAAUAUUUUGACUCAUUGAUUUAUUGCGAGUGUGUUUAAUUUUAAUUAUAAUUUUUUUUAAAACCUGUGUAUGUUCGACACAAUUUGUGCCCUCCUGCCUUGUCUCCAGUGUGCCGUUGCUUCCGGUGACAUGUACUUACUUGUUCUUUUAAUUUUCUACAAAGAUAGACACUU